AUGGCACCCCCGGCCACCGCCCUGCUCCUGGCCCUGCUGCUCCACGCCGCCGCGGCAGAGGUGUUCCGAAUGUCGAAGCAGGAGGUGCACCCGAGCCCGGGGGAGACCGUGGAGCUGAGCUGCGAAGUGCUGCUGCCGUCCGCGCCGUCUGGCUGCUCUUGGCUCUUCCAGGCACGCGGAGUCGCCUCCCGUCCGCGCUUCCUAAUGUACAUUGGCAUGUCGCCCAAGUGGGCGGAGGAUGUGGAUCGCGAGCAGAUAUCCGGCAAAAAGGACAGUAGCAGCCGCUACACCCUCACCCUGAAGCGCUUCCAGGAGAAGGACCAAGGCUACUACUUCUGCGCGGCCAUUCAGAACUCGAUAAUACACUUCAGUCCCUUCGUGCCGGUUUUCCUGCCAGCUAAGCCCACCACCACCACGGUGCGGCCUCCACCACCCACGCAGGCGCCCACCAACGCGUCUCAACCCGUGACUCUGCGUCCAGAGGGGUGCCGGCCGUCUGCGGGGGACCAUGUGAAUACAAAGGGGCUGGACUUCUCCUGUGAUAUCUACAUCUGGGCGCCCCUGGCUGGGGCUUGUGGGCUCCUUCUCCUGUCACUGAUCGCCGCCAUCAUCUGUAACAACAGGAAUCGAAAACGUGUUUGCAAAUGUCCCAGGCCGCAACUGAGACAGGGGGGCAAGCCCAUUCCUUCUCAGAGACUUGUCUAACAUGGCGACAGGCCCCAUGCCGCAGCCACUACAAGACUUCAACUGAGAACUCUCCUUUGAGGAGAGCAACUAUCCUUCUCUUCUGGUUUUUCCCGGCCUCCUUCCUUAUGUGUCAUUCUCAUUAUUUUUUUCAUGGGGGUGGGGUGGGAAGACUACCUUUUCUUUAUGUGUUUCCUUUAAUUGACACAAAACAAGACCAUACAAUGUCUACAUAUACCACAAGAGCUAUCAUUCCGUUCUGCACACAUCAACCAGGGUGAAGGUGGGCAACCGCAAGCCAUGUUCUCAGAACCAGACUGCUAGAGCUAGAGGGGGCCUGUGCACCCACUCAGUCCAAACCUCUACCCCACCCAUUUUGCAAGAGAGACCGAGUUCCAGCUCUGGGGAGCAGCUUGAUCAGGGUCACAGCAAG